AUGGCUAAAAAAGAAGUUAUUCAUAUCCACAUUGGACAGGCAGGGGUACAAAUAGCCAAUGCAUGCUGGGAACUUUAUUGCCUUGAACAUGGUAUAAGAUCAGAUGGCAUUUUAGCGUUUUCUAAUGAUGAUGAAAACUAUGCAGCAUUCUUUAGCCAUACUGGUGCUGGAAAAGUCGUACCCAGAGUCGUUAUGAUUGAUUUGGAACCAACUCCAAUUGAUGAAAUAAGAACUGGGGCAUAUCGGGAGCUAUUUCAUCCUUCUUCUUUGCUUACUGGUAAAGAAGAUGCGGCUAGCAAUUUUGCUCGUGGUUACUUUAGCGUCGGCCGAGAGAUGAUUGAUUUAGCGUUAAAUCGUGUAAGGAUCGCUGCAGAAGACUGUAAUUCCUUACAAGGUUUCAUAAUAUUUCGUUCGUUUGGAGGCGGUACUGGCUCUGGAUUCACUGCUUUACUACUGGAUGGUUUGAGCAGGGACUAUGGAAAAUUAUCUAAAGUAGAAUUUGCCAUCUAUCCGUCCCCAAGAAUUUCUCCAAUAAUUGUUGAACCAUAUAAUGCCGUCUUAACCAGCCACGCAACUAUGAAUACAGAAGACGUUUGCUUUAUUUUUGAUAACGAAGCCUUAUACGACAUCUUGUCACGCCUCUUAGAUACUCCACGACCUACAUAUACUAAUUUGAACCGACUUAUAGCUCAGGUUGUGUCGUGUAUGACUGCUUCAAUGAGAUUUGAAGGUUCACUAAACGUAGGACUCGUUGAAUUCAGGACAAAUCUUGUCCCAUACCCAAGAAUACAUUUUCCAUUGGUAACCUUCGCACCAUUUGUACCAGCUACGAAAGCCAUGCAUGAAUCAAAUACUACACAGCAAUUAAUGAUGCAAUGUUUUGAACCUAGCAAUCAGAUGGUUAAAUGUGAUCCUAGACAAGGAAGCUACAUGUCUUGCUGCUUAUUGUUUCGUGGGGAUGUGAAUCCAAAUGAUAUCAAUUCAGCAAUAAAUCAAAUUAAAUCUAUGCGUACAAUCAAAUUUGUUUCAUGGUCUCCUACUGGAUUUAAGAUUGGUCUUAACUAUCAACCUCCAAUGACAGUCCCUGGCGGUGAUUUAGCUGCUUUAAUGAGAGCUGUCGUGAUGGUGUCGAACAGUUCAUCAAUACGAGUAGCUUGGGAGCGUCUGUGUAAAAAAUUCUCAUUAAUGUAUGCUAAACGUGCAUUUGUUCAUCAUUAUGUUGGUGAAGGUUUAGAAGAAGGUGAAUUCAAAAACGCUCUAAUGAACAUUAAAGCAUUAGCAAGAGAUUAUAAAGAAAUGGAAGAUUAA